AUGCUGUCGCGGAGCCUCCUCGCCACGGCAGCGGCCCUGGCGUCCCUCGCCGCCGCCCAGGUCACGACGGACUGCAACCCGAUGGAGAAGGACUGCCCCAACGACCCGGCGCUCGCCACCUCGCAGUUCUUCAACUUCAACCAGACGCAGAACAGCAAGCUCUGGGAGACGCACGUCGGCACGGUCGACUGGGACGCCGACACGGGCGCCAAGCUCACCGUCGCCAAGCAGGGCGACUCGCCCACCCUGCGCACCAAGUUCUACAUCUUCGGCGGCCGCGUCGAGCUCUCCCUCAAGGCUGCACCCGGGGCGGGCAUCAUCAGCUCCAUGAUGCUGCUGGGCGACAACCUCGACGAGAUCGACUGGGAGUUCAUCGGGAACAACAACACCCACGCGACGACCAACUACUACGGCAAGGGCGUCGAGGACUUCACCAAGGGCGGGUGGCACCCCAUGGCGUCGCCGCCGCAGGACGACUACCACAACUACACGGUGGACUGGCGCAAGGACCGGCUGGACUGGUACAUUGACUCGCAGCUCGUGAGGACCGUCGUCCCCGGCGCCGAGACCCUGUCCGACGGCAAGGACACCUUCCCCCAGACGCCGCUGCGCCUCAGCCUGGGUAUCUGGGCCGGUGGUGAUCCCAGAAUGCCCGAGGGCACGCGCAAGUGGGCUGGAGGUGACACGGACUACAAUGCCGGGCCGUACGAGAUGCAUGUCAAGAGCGUCUUCGUCGAGGACUACAGCACCGGCAAGGAGUACAAGUUCGGCGACAGGUCAGGAUCCUGGGACAGCAUUGAGGUUAUCUCAGGAAACUCAACCGCCCUCAACGCCAUCAACGAGCCCCCGGAGGAAGCCGAGAAGUCCACAAGCGAGAAGUUCAACGCGCUCCCCGAGGGCGCCAAGAUCGGCAUCUACAUCGGCAGCGGCGUCGCGGGCGUCGCCCUCGUCGCCGCCGCCGCCUUCUACAUCUGGAGGCAGCGCAGCCAGGGCAUCCGCGAGGCCCGCCUGGCCGACGAGCGCGACCACCUCGAGAUGGACGGCUACCGCCCCGACGGCGGCGAGACCGAGUACAAGGGCGCCGCAGGGCUGGGAGCCGGCCUGGCCGCCGCGGGCCUGGGUGCCAGCACGUACGCCGCCGUGAACCACUCGGACCCCGACGAGAAGUCGGCGGCCUGGGGCGGUGCUGACCUGGGUGCGGGUGCGGGCGCGACGAUGACGCGCUCGGGAGGGUACGCGGCCGUGGAGAACCCGUUCCUCGACACGCGGAGUAUGGACGCCAGGAGCAUCGACGCGAGGAGCAUCGAUACCCGGAGCGUCGCCAACAGCGGCUUCUCCACGCCGCCUCCCCCGAUGGACAUGACCGAGGCGGAGAUCCCACGAUCGCACAGCCCGGUGGGCGCGUCUGAUAUGUCGCCGGGGCCUGAGCAGGCGUACGGCGCGCACCGGAUGCAAAGCUACCGGGAUUGA